AUGUACAAACUUGUAGAGAUCAAUCCUAGCGACAAUCCACCUCCUUAUGUGCCAACUAGUUGCUCAAGCUGCGACGAUAACUACGCCCCUCUCUAUAUCCUUGCUAUCACUUUGUUUAUUGAUUUGGUUCUACCCCAAUUAUGGUGAUUAUCAACAGAAUUAGCCACCCUGCAGUCACUCAGAUCAAAACUAAGUCCCUAA